CAGAUGCAGCAGCUGAUAGAGCUCAGGAGACGCUGCUUUUUCAUUGUGGGAUGCACAAACCACCAUUCCAUGUAAACAGAUGUUGCAGAACAUUGUGGAGAAGAAGAAAGCUCGUACUCAAGAUUGAGAUGUUAAAAUGUUGAUAACAACUUAGAAAAGCUGGAGGAUUUGAACAGAACAAACAGGAUUGGACUACGUUUUGCAGUCUAACUGGACACGGUUUGAAGAUGCGGGUGAUAGUGGGCAUCGUCUGUCUGUGCCAAUGUGUAAUCGGUCAGCUGUUGGAAGCCAAGGCAAAGUCACCUCGAUUAAUUUGCAGCGUUCCGGGUUUACCAGGUGCGGCAGGGAAGCCAGGACCACCUGGACCGCCAGGGUCCGAUGGCCAUAUUGGAAUACCAGGAAGAGAUGGCAGGGACGGUCGGAAAGGAGAUAAAGAAGAAAAAGGGGAAGCUGGUGUCAAAGGAAGAGUGGGACCAACGGGUAAAAUCGGCAGUCGUGGAGAAAGGGGCCUCACAGGUAAACAAGGCCCAGAAGGCAACUCUGGAGACCCUGGACCACAGGGACUACCAGGACUUUCUGGAGAACGAGGAACAAAGGGCCAGCGUGGGCCACAAGGAGUGCCAGGCAAGUGCCUCUGUGGCAGUCUGAUGCCAAAGUCAGCCUUCUCCGUAGCCAUUACCAGCAGCUACCCUGCGGAGCAAGCACCAAUCAAGUUCAACAAGGUCCUCUUUGACGAGGGCGGCCACUACAACCCCCAGACGGGCAAAUUUGUCUGUGCGUACCCUGGCAUCUAUUACUUUUCUUAUGACAUCACAAUAGCCAAUAAGCACUUAGCUAUCGGUUUAGUGCAGAACGGGCAGUUCCGCAUUAAGACGUUUGAUGCAAACACUGGAAACCAUGACGUGGCGUCUGGAUCAACGGUGAUGUUUCUUAAUCCGGAGGAUGAAGUAUGGCUGGAGAUCUUCUUUAAGGACCAGAAUGGCCUGUUCUCUGAUCCCAGCUGGGCAGACAGUCUUUUUUCAGGGUUUCUGCUCUACGCUGAUACUAAUUAUAUGGAUAUACUGUCAGAGGACUAUGCUUAGGAUUGCUGGUGUAUAUUUAAAUAUUUAAAAAUAAAGUCAACAAGGUAAAACAUCUAGUCUUAUCCUGUCCAAACUUUUUGGCAAGAGAGGUUUGUGUUUUUUUGCACUUGGUUUGAUUUUAGUUUACUUAAUCCCUGUAUUUUUGUGGUAAACACUUUGAGUUCAGCAAACUAAAUACAGUAGCAAAUAUAAAUGUGUGUUAGGGUCCAGAUUAGGGAUCAGGAACAAUACUGUUGUUUGUUUAAAUCAUUCAGUGUUUCUUUGAUUCAGUGGGCUUAAACUUCUAUCCCAGAUGGAAACUGGUUUUAAUUUUAAAUACAGUUUUUUGUAUUUCUCUGUACCUAAAUAAAAGAGCCACAUAUGUUCUAGCA